GUGAGUCCGGAAGUGACGUGAUGGAGGACGCAGGCGCGAUGCGGAGCUGAUAGUAUCCGGGUGUCCUGCGGGAGGAUGGCGGCCGAUCAGGUGUGAAGAGCCCGGCAGAGAGAUCUGAGCCGACGGUAUCCCAGCGACGCUGCCGCCAUGUCAGCCGCCGGCAGUAAGAGAGCCUCAGGAGACAACAGCUCCGGGCCCUCGGAGAAGAAACCCAAUCGCGAUGAGAAGACGACAACCACUCUCAUCGAACCCAUCCGUCUGGGGGGCAUUUCCUCCACGGAGGAGAUGGAUAUGAAAGUCUUGCAGUUUAAGAACAAGAAACUUGCAGAGCGCCUGGAGCAACGGCAGGGCUUCGAGGACGAACUCCGGGAGAAAAUAGAGAAGCUGGAAAAAAGACAAGCCACGGACGAUGCUACCCUGCUGAUAGUGAACCGCUACUGGAGCCGGCUCGAUGAAGAUGUGCAGUUACUGCUGAAGAGAUGCGACUCUGCGCCGUCCUCCCAGAGCGCGGGAGAAGAUGUCCGCCCCGAGGAGAAGGAUAAUUCCAUGGAGACGGAGCCUGCAGAAGAAGUGCCACAGCCCCCGCCUGGGACAGAUGAAAGCAAAGCCUCAGGCGCCUCCACUGCCUCUCCUUCGUCUGGGGGGCUUCCAGAAUCCUCCCUGAGUUUCCUAGCCACUCUGGCAUUUAGUACCACAGAGGAGAUUGAGCUGCAGCUGCAGGAGCGCAUGGAAUUCAGCAAGAGGGCCGUAUCCUGUGUACUGGAAACGUCUAGCAGGCUUCACCGGCGCAUGGAGGACCUGUGCGGCCGCAUCCGCAGCGGUGAAGACUUCGAACAGGUAGACGAAGCCCUUCGAUUGCUGAACAAGGAGUUAAUUAGUGAGAAUCGCAGACUGCAGGACCUGGCUACAGUGCUGCAGGAGAAGCAUCACCGCAUCUCCCUGCAGCACCAUGAACUGCAGGACCGGGUCACGUCUUCUGAGACCAAAGUGUCUGAAAUGGAGAGGAGCAUUGAAGAUCUUCAGUGGGAUAUCGAGAAACUGCGCAAGCAUGAGCAGAAACUCAAUCGGCACCUGGCAGAAGCUCUGGAGCAGCUGAAUUCGGGAUACCACGUGUCGGGCAGCUCUGGAAGUUUCCAGGGAGGACAGACAACCCUCACAGUUCAGAAGUUCGAAAUGUUAAAUGCAGAGCUGGAGCAGAAUCAAGAGCUGGCCAAUAACCGAAUGUGUGAGCUGGAGAAGCUGCAGAAUGAGUUGCAGGCUGCCGUCCGGCUGAAAGAGAAGCUCAAGCUGGACCUGAGAACACUGCCGGAGGAAGCUGUACGGGGUACGCAGGAUUUCCGCUGUCUGCAGUCUCAGUUCUCUGUCCUGUACAACGAGUCCCUACAGGUGAAGACCCAGCUGGACGAAGCCCGCGCUCUCCUUCUCAGCACCAAGAACAGCCACUUGCGACAGAUCGAGCGCAUGGAGAGCGAGGAGCUUUCAGUCCAGAAGAAGCUGCGCACGGAGGUUAUUCAGCUGGAGGACACGCUCGCCCAGGUGCGCAAAGAGUAUGAAAUGCUGAGGAUUGAGUUUGAGCAGAACCUGGCCGCCAACGAACAAGCUGGUCCCAUUAAUCGAGAGAUGCGUCAUCUUAUUGCAAGUCUCCAGAAUCACAACCACCAACUUAAGGGAGAUGUCCAGAGAUACAAGCGCAAGGUGCGGGACGCCCAAAGCGAGGUGAGCAAGAUGCGUUUGCAGAUGGGGGGUGCUCUGUGCCCGUCUGCUGGCCCUACAGCAGGCGAUGCUGCAGCUACGGUUGUAAAAGAAGAAGAGCCUGACGUGAAGAAGGAGGCCUUGGGGACACCAGUCAGGGACCCCGAAACUCCCUCUACCCCCGAGGUGAAAAAGGAAGAAGACGAACCAAAGAGAGAACCUGAGCGAGGAAAAGCCAGAGACCGUGAUUCAGAGAGAGAGCGUGAAAAGGAGCGAGACAAAGAGAGAGAGCGCGAGAGAGACAAACAGAAAGCAGAGGACACCAAGCGCAAAGACUCUGAUAUUCUGAAGCAGCUGCGAGUGGAGCUGAAAAAGGCUCAGGAAAGCCAGAAGGAGAUGAAGUUGCUCCUGGAUAUGUACAAAUCUGCCCCCAAGGAACAGAGAGACAAAGUCCAGCUGAUGGCAGCAGAGAAGAAGACCAAGGCUGAGGUGGAGGAGUUGCGAGUUCGGAUACAGGCUCUUGAGGAGAAAGACCGGAGGGAGAGGAAGAAGCUGGCCGAUGAGGAAGCUCUGCGGAAAAUCAAAAUGGCUGAAGAGCAGAUCGAGCAUCUUCAAAGGAAGCUCAGCGCCACCAAACAGGAGGAGGAGGCUCUGCUUUCUGAGAUGGAUGUGACGGGACAGGCGUUCGAGGACAUGCAGGAGCAGAACACGCGAUUAAUGCAGCAGCUCCGGGAGAAAGACGACGCGAACUUCAAGCUCAUGUCCGAAAGAAUCAAAUCCAAUCAGAUUCACAAACUGCUCCGAGAAGAGAAGGAGGAACUGGCAGAGCAGGUCCAGGGCCUCAAAACACAGGUGGAUGCUCAGCUGUUACAGGUGCAGAAGCUGGAGGAGCGCGAACGUCUCUUACACACGUCUCUGGCCUCCAUAGAGAAGGAGCUCACCCUGAGGACCCAGGCCUUGGAGCUGCACAAGAGGAAGGCGGUAGAAGCUGCUCAGCUCGCAGAGGACCUAAAAGUGCAGCUCGAGCACAUUGUCAGCACCUUGAAAGACACCCAGAGCUUUGUGUGCGACAACCGUUCAGCCAAAGAGAAGGAGUCCUUCAGUCUGAAGAGGGCGCAGGAAGAGAUCUCGCGGCUGCGCAGGAAGCUGGAGAAGCAGAAGAAGAUGGAGGUUUAUGCGGACGCCGACCAAAUCCUCCAGGAGGAGAUUAAGGAGUACAGGGCUCGCCUCACGUGUCCGUGCUGCAACACGCGGAAGAAAGAUGCCGUCCUUACCAAGUGUUUCCAUGUUUUCUGCUUCGAGUGCGUGAAGACGCGAUACGACUCCCGCCAGCGCAAAUGCCCCAAAUGUAACGCCGCUUUUGGGGCCCAUGACUUCCAUCGGAUUUACAUCAACUAGUGGCCUGUGGAAGGUUAGGGUUCACACCGGCCCCUGGGUACCAGGCACCCGACGUAGCGAUCCCACAGCAACAUGGGGAACCCACAUGGACUGCUGACCGCUGUGGGAUUUGUCUGUUUAAUAUGGACAAUAAAGAGACUGAAUUCUA